AUGGCAGCGACACAGGUGUCCAGUGUGACGGCAACAACACCGCCAGGUGCCAGCGAGCGACUUAGCGCACUGCAUGAUAACCUGCGGCGUGUUCGACACCUCAUGCAGCAAUACGAGGAGGCCUCGCAGCGCGUCAUCGAGGUACACCUAAUCCCCUCCCCCGAGAUGGGUGAGCCGAUGUUCGCGCCAGUAACUACGCCGACUGCGCAUGCCGACGAAGACGGGAGGGUUAUCUCGCAGCAGCAUAGCUCAAGCUGCACAGACGUUGCCAGCAGUGGCGACAGUAGCGCCCCUCUCUGUGGCAACGGCAAGCAGGGUGUAGAGCAGCAGAAGGCCUCCCCGUCCCUGCACCAGCACCGAGCACUCGCCAGCGACGCCGUUUUCACGCGCUUCUGCGGGUUGCGCGUUACUCCUGCUGAGCUGCUCUUGCCACUUCAGUCACCAGCAAACCUGAACAUCCCAGCUGCACCACCCGCGCUGCGAGGCAUCGACGACCACGACGUGGACAGGGAAAACUGGAGUGAGGACAACGUGGAGAGUCGCGACGCCGAGUCUGUGAAGAGGUGUGGUAGCGACAACAACUCCCGCAGCGGUCAGACGGCGGGUAGCGUGAACGCCAACGUCAAGCACGACUCAGCCGCCGGAAGCCCAAGAGACAUCCUCUCAUUUGGCAUGGCGCAGCGGCGGCAGCGCACGAACGUCGAGACCGUUCUGGAGGCGUACGCAAAGCUUUUCUACAACCCCUCCCCAUCGACGCCAGCUGCUGGCGCUGGAGCGGUGCGAGAGCUGCAGGACACACAGCACCAGUUGGCUGCCAUGCAGCGGUGCCGUCUGUUCGGCCACGAAGCACAACUGAGGGCGGCGGCGGCUAAUAAUCAGGGCAAUGGCAACGACAUCAGCACCACCACUAGCAGAGUAGAAACUGGCGGGGUGGCAACGAUCGGGGUGCAAGUCGCCGAGAUCAGGUGGCAGCAUAUCCCUAUCGCUGUUCAGAACAUGCAAGACAGCCUCGCUGCGCUGCAGGACCGUUUUACGCGUGGCUCUCACUACGCCUGCUGCGGCAGCCAGCCAAUGGCCCUCGUACGUCAGCUGCAUACCUGGACGCAGCCACUGCUCUGGCAGCUGAACAAUCUUCUCUCGAACCCCACGUUGGAGGAGGUAGACGAAAGCACGCGCGAGAGGCUGCGACGCAUGAAGUUUGAUGCAGAGGAGAUGCAGCAGGCACAGGCACAGGCCAUCGCGAACGGCGAUAUGCAGCGCUCAGAGGAACUCUACUACGAGCAGGCGUCACUGGCUGAGGCGAUGGCGGGGCCAUACGACGAGAUGGAGGCGUCAAUGCUGAGGUACAGAGAGAGGUGUGUCGACGCACCGCUGACGGGCUUUCUAGAGCAGCGCGAUCUGCUGACAACGCAGCUGACGCACAUGAUCGAGGAGAACACGAGCAAACUCUCAGAGGUCGCGCUGGAUGUGGAGCGGGUGAAGGAGAAGCGGCGAACCGUGGCACAGGCGCGUCACCGACAGCGCAACAGCAUGUCAACAUACCACCACUCAUGGAAGAAGGCCUGGCAGACGAACACCGAUCAGCAGAUGGCGUGCUACCGUGCGGUGGCACAGCUGGAGAAGCAGCUGAGCGACCUGCAGGAGGCCCAAUGCUUCCUCGUAGACGACUGGAUUAGCCGUGUUGCCCAGGAGCGGCAGAGGGAGGAGGACGCGGCGGCCUUUGCCUGCUUUGCAAAUGCCCGGUCAGCCGCCCUCGCCGAAACGCAGCGCAACCUGCAGGCGGUUGUCGAAGGCGUUCGUCAAUACAGUGGGGCUGUGCAGUUUAGCUGCCAUCACGUCGAGGCCUUCGUCUGCGAGGUACUACAAGGCCACCUCAGCGAGUCUCAGCUAGCACUUCGCAAGGACCGACUGGAGCAGUUCCGCGCCCUCUACCUCACCCUCGGAGACCUGCACUUCAAGAAGGCGCGCAAUGCCGAAGAAAUCCAGAAGAAGAUUGAGUACUACACACUGCAGCAGGAGAUUGCCAUGGACGUGCUAAACCCGAAGGCAAAGGAGUUCAGCCAAGCAAAGCAGCGAUGGGAGGCCGCGAAGGCUGAGGCGCUACUGGAGCUCGGCCAGCUCGACCAGCGCAUUCGACUGCAGCUGAAGGGCUUUCGGCCGACGGAGCAGCUGCUUCGCCAAGCUGGUGUGGACUUUGUGUCCCCCGAGGAGGACCUCUCCAGACGUACACAGCAGCGCUCGCAGAAGUUACUCGAGUACCGGCAGCUGAUAGAGGAGGGCAUUGGCGCACGGCCGACCACGACCGCCUCGAGCGCCGCCUCAUUUACCCCACCGAUGCUCACCACCCUAGGAGCCAUUGCACCUUCAGCAGUGACAGGCUCCUGUCCUCGCACCAGAAGUUCCAAGGGCCUCCUCGGCACAGAGACGACAUUGCCGCCGAGACCGUGGGCUGCCGGAUCGCCGCACCCCCACCCACGGCCGCCGACCACGGCGGGAGGGCUCCACCCCAGCUCCACCACCCCCGGGGCCCUUGGAGAGAAGAACGGCUGCCAACUGCCCCCACUGCGCAGUAUGAGCCGUACCUACCCACCAUUGCAAUGCAGAGGCGACGACGACAAACCGCUGGCGGCAUCCUCGCCGCAUGGCGCGAAGCCGAUUUUCACGGCCACCGCCGUCGCAGCGGCCGCCGCCACACCAGCCUUUCUAUCGAGCCUGCACUCGACGGAAGAGCGCAUCGUGCAGGGCAUCUCUAAGCAAAGGCUGGUCGCGCGCCUCAGGACUGGCACCAACAGAAGCCCACUUUCAACGAGCCGCAAGGCAAACAAGCGAUGA